AUGAGCACGAUCCCGUUGAAGGCGGUGUCGCGGUGGUGGGGAUGGUUCAACAGCAUUGACAUCCCAUAUCACCUGCGCGUUCCCGGUUUCAAACUAUACGGAUAUAUCUUCGGGGUGAAUUUCGACGAGGUCAACGAGCCGGAUCUGCACACGUACCGGAACCUCGCGGAGUUCUUCUACCGGGAGAUCAAACCCGGCUGUCGACCAUUACAUCCGCAUCCCAAUGCCAUCCUCUCCCCCGCCGACGGCCGGGUCGUCCAAUUCGGAUCCAUCGAGCAUGGCGAAGUCGAGCAAGUCAAGGGCGUCACGUAUAGCGUAGACGCCCUGCUCGGCGCACAGCCCACACCAGGAACGCCCAUCUCCAGCAACAUCGCGGGAGCAAAAGGCUCGCCACAAGCAUCACCCGACCGGGUCGCCGAGGGCGAGUCCGACGUCGUCCGCGCCGACGAGGAGUUCGCGCGCGUGAACGGCAUCUCCUACACCCUCCCCAGCCUCUUCUCCGGCGCCUCGCCGGACAGCGCAGCACCGACGAAGAAAAGCCGCUUCUGGUGGAAGAACCGCCAACAGGAAAUCGCCACCCCUGACGACCACAACGACAAAAACAACGCCGACUCCAUCGUCGACCAAUCCACGAAAUCCUCCACCUCCUCCGAGAAAGCCGUCGCCGCCGAGCUCGCCAAACCGUCCAGACCAUGGUACUACAGCAGCACCAGCGGCUCGGACGAGAAGGACUCGCCGACGGCGCUCUACUACUGCGUCGUGUACCUGGCGCCGGGGGACUACCACCGGUUCCACAGCCCGGUGUCGUGGGUGGUGGAGAGCCGGCGGCACUUCGCGGGCGAGCUGUACAGCGUGUCGCCGUACCUGGUCAAGACGCUGCCGGGCCUGUUCACGCUGAACGAGCGGGUGGUGCUGCUGGGCCGGUGGAAGUACGGCUUCUUCAGCUACACGCCCGUCGGCGCGACCAACGUCGGCAGCAUCGUGGUCAACUUCGACCGCGAGCUGCGCACCAACAGCCUGCUGACCGACACCCUGGCCGACCGCGCGGCCGAGCAGGCCGCGGCGCGGGGCGAGCCCUACAGCGGCUACGCCGAGGCCACGUAUUCCGCCGCGAGCAAGGUCCUCGGCGGCCAUGCGCUGAAGAAGGGGGAGGAGAUGGGCGGUUUCCAGCUGGGCAGCACGAUCGUGCUGGUCUUUGAGGCCCCGAAGGGCUUGAGGCCCAGCUUUGAUCAGGGGUUCGAUGGGGGCCGCAGGGGGAAGUGUUGGAAGUGGGCGAUCGAGACGGGGAUGAAGGUCAAGGUCGGGGAGAGGCUUGGGUGGGUGGAGGAGAAUGGGGAGGAGGAGGAGGGUGGUGGGAAAGUGUGA